AUGUUUCCCCUUACUCCGCCCGUGGUGAAACGGCUGUUAGGGUGGAAAAAGGGCCCUGAGGGUUCGUCUGCAGCUGAAGAUAAAUGGUCGGAGAAGGCAGUAAAAAGUUUAGUAAAGAAAUUGAAGAAAAGCGGGGCUCUCGAAGAAUUGGAAAAAGCCAUUUCAAGUCAAAACAGCCAUACCAAAUGUGUCACUAUCCCCAGGGCCAAACCGAAUGAGAACACAAUAAAUGGUCAAUAUCGCAAGGGAUUGCCGCAUGUUGUCUACUGCAGGCUGUGGCGUUGGCCGCAGCUACAGAGCCAGCAUGAACUGAAGCCAGUGGACCACUGUGAGUACGCGUACCAACUGAAGAAAGACGAAGUGUGCAUCAACCCUUACCACUACAAUAAAAUCGAUUCGCCUGCGCUCCCCCCGAUCCUGGUGCCCCGGUGUGGUGACGCCGAGGUCAGGGCUCCGCCCCCCUACACGGACUACCACCAGCACCCGCCGCACCACGACCACCAUCACGACCAUCACCACGACCACCACCAUCUCGACCAUACGGACGCGGUAAUGCAGACAGGCGGGCCGGUGGGCGUAGGCGUGGGCGUGGGCGCGCACAGUGCCAUGUACCUGGAGGCCACGCUGGCGCAGCAGGUGCCUGGCAACACCACCGUGCAUGUGAGCUCGUCGACGGUGGAGACGCCGCCGCCGGGCUAUAUCAGCGAGGACGGCGAUCCAAUGGACCAUAACGACAACAUGAACCUAACCCGCCUGACCCCGUCGCCCCCAGGUCUGACGACUGAAGCUGCCCCGGUCCUGUACCAUGAACCAGCAUUCUGGUGCAGUAUAAGUUAUUACGAGCUGAACACCAGGGUUGGGGAAACGUUCCAUGCGUCCCAGCCUUCGAUCACCGUCGAUGGCUUUACUGAUCCUAGCAACAGUGAGAGAUUUUGCCUGGGUCUCCUGUCCAAUGUAAACAGGAAUGAAGUAGUCGAACAAACCCGUCGACACAUCGGCAAGGGCGUUCGGCUUUAUUAUAUUGGAGGCGAGGUGUUCGCGGAAUGUCUGAGCGACUCGUCGAUAUUCGUGCAGAGUCCGAACUGCAACCAACGCUACGGAUGGCAUCCGGCCACCGUCUGCAAAAUACCACCUGGCUGCAAUCUAAAAAUCUUCAACAACCAAGAGUUCGCAGCGCUGCUGUCCCAGUCAGUGUCACAAGGGUUCGAGGCAGUGUUCCAGCUCACUCGCAUGUGUACUAUACGGAUGAGCUUCGUCAAAGGAUGGGGCGCUGAGUACAGACGUCAAACAGUGACCUCAACUCCAUGUUGGAUCGAGCUGCACCUGAAUGGUCCGCUGCAGUGGCUGGACCGAGUGCUGACACAGAUGGGCUCCCCUCGCCUGCCCUGCUCCUCCAUGUCAUAA